AUGGCGUCCACGCUCCUCGAGCAGACGCGCGAGGCGCACGAGGCGAUCGAGCGCCUGGAACGAUUCAUCGUGAGCGACUUCAAGACCGAGGCGGUCACGCACAAGGAACGGCUCGCGCAGAACCACAGGGUCAACCGCGCGCUGGACGAGAUGGCGUCGCGCGCGAAGCGGCUGCGCGCGACGUACGAGGACGCCGACGGCGCGAGGAAGGAGGAGAUCGCCGCGCUCGGCGGCGGCGCGAACGUUUUCGCCGCCUUCUACGAUCGCCUGCGCGAGUCGAGGGAGUACCAUCGCGCGUACUCGGGGUUCCACGCCGCGGACCCGGAGCAGACGCUCGUGGCGCCGUUCCGAGAGAACGUCGCGAUCGCGUUCAGCGGCGAGGAAGCGAACGGGCGGUACCUGGAUCUGCACUUCGCGCACCGCGCGUUCGUGAACGGCGCGUUCGGACGGAAGUGCGAAUACAUCUCGUAUCUCGUCGACCUGGGCGCGGACGGCGCGUUCGCCUCGAGCGGCGGCGGAAAAGGCGGCGGCGACGACGCCGACGAUACCAAAACGAACAACGCGAUGACCCCGGACCGCGCGAAGAAGUUUACGAGGGCGUACGGCGAGUACCUGGACGGGCUGCUCGCGUAUUUAGGCGCGUUCUGUCUCACACUGGUCCCCAUACGAUCGCGUCGGCGUGGCGUGACGGCGGCGUUGAAAGCGGCGGGGCUCAAAGCCGGCGGCACCGCGACCGAACGCGCGGCGCGGCUGUGGAGCACGCGCGGGCGAACGCUCGCGGACCUCGACGCGAAGCUCUUCAACAAAGGGUUGCGGCCCGCGAGCGCGAUCGACGGCGCGGAGCGCGCGAAGCGCGAGGCGCGCGCGAAGGAUAUCGCGCGACGGGAGCACUUCAUCGCCGCGCUGCUCGAACACCUCUCUCAAGUGCUAGACGCGACUAAGGGCAACGUCGAGAAGAAGGCGACGCUGUCCGCCGCGGAGCUCGAGGCGGAGGCGGAGGAGGACGACGACUUCGUGGAGGAGGAGGCGAGCGACGAGGACGAGGAGGUGUACAACCCGCUGAAGCUGCCGCUCGGAUGGGACGGGAAGCCGAUUCCGUAUUGGCUCUACAAGCUGCACGGGUUAAACCUCGAGUUCACGUGCGAGAUCUGCGGGAACUACAGCUACUGGGGCCGGAGAGCGUUCGAGCAGCACUUCAAGCAGUUCCGGCACGUGCACGGGAUGCGGUGCCUGGGGAUUCCGAACACGAAAGCGUUCGCGGAGGUCACGUCCAUCGCGGACGCGCUCAGCCUUCACAAGGCUCUCGAUUCCAGAAAGGACGGGAAGUGGGACCGGAAGACGGACGAGGAGUACGAGGACGCGGACGGGAACGUGUACAACAAGAAGACCUAUGAGGACCUUCGGAAGCAAGGCUUGAUCUGA